UUGAUGUUUUGUAAGUGAAUCAAAUUCAAUUAUUCUGUGAUAUAAUAUAUAUAAUAAAAGAAAAAUACUUUAUUUCGUGUGAAGGAUGUAGGGGUAUAAAAAUGUGGAUUAUUUUUCUAGCAUUUGUGAAAACUUUUUUAUUCGAUGUUUCCAACGCAUUAGCACCUCCAGAUUUCGUGAGUAACUGGAUGCAAAUACAAGCCUACGUAAAUCCGGAAGUAGACAUUUCACAUGGUUUAGAUGAAUUACCUCUAAAGGUCGAAGUACAGGUCAAAGUGUUUGAUACGUUCUUAAGUAGGGACAUGUAUUUCUUAGCAAUGGGAUCUGCACAGAAAGGAAAUGAUAAUAAUUUGCCAUUCGGAGGAGUUUUAUACUUAUAUAACAAUGAAACAAUAAAGAUACUAGCACCAGGACCAAAGAAUUGUGUACGACCAGAGUGUACAGGCUUACUAGUAUAUUUAGGGGAAAACAGUACAUUUCAUGGUAAUAGCUCCAUAGCAAGAUCAUUUUCAACUGGCUAUGUCAGAGCAAGAGUUUGGAGAGCAUGCUCACUUCCAAGACCUUCAUUCAUCUCUAAUGCAAUUCCAAUGAGUUCAGGUGACACUAAAGAUUUACCACAUGGACAUAAACCGUCGUGGGUAAUUGUCAGAGUACACAUUGAUCAAGGCUGGGUUUAUGAGGCUCAAGGUAGCGUAUUUUAUGAAACAUCCAGUAAUCCGUUUGGAGGUGUCGUUUUUGCAUAUAGCGAUACUCAUCUCAGAUUAUGGGUCCCAAAAAAAGGACCAGGAUCGUCAAGGGCUAAUGGUGUACCUUUUAAUGCUAUGAAUGGAUGGGGUGAAACUGGCGAUUUCGGAUACAGCGAGACAGUUACAGUAAGGGCAUUUGUAUGGAAUUUUCUAGACACCAAUUUUAUUCCCACCAAUCCAAUCGUACUGACACAGACAUCAUACAUUACAAGUCCCAGUUUUAUAUCUGUUGGACCUGGGUACUCUUUGCAUGCUGAUAACAGUUUGAUUCUAUUUGCGGUGAAAGCCAACACUGGUGAUAAUGCGGGUUUCCAGUUCUAUCCAGCUGGUUCAUCGAUGACAGACGGAACAACAUCCAGUACUAAUACAAAGUAUGGAUCAUUUGUGUAUGGUUACACUGAUGACAAGAUUUACUACUGGACACCCGAGGACGCUGCACAGACAUCAUCAGGAUGUGUAUUGUUAAUGGGCGGUUUAUGGGGUUCCAACAGUAAACCACACUGUCUGAGUAAAAGUGAUGUUUCAUUGGAGUUUACUUUCAAUGUGCUUAGCAUAAGAGAACCAGCAUGUGGAUCCUUUUCAUGUGCAGGUGCAUCAGACAGAGGACCAGAAUGCAACUGUACAGGAAGUGGAAAGGAAGGACAGUUCUGUGACAGCGGUGUAACAUGCCUCAAACCAAUCGAUCAUAGGAAUGCUAAUUUGGCACCAUUAAAAAACCGAUAUAACCACCAAGAAGACGUUACAUUCUCUUGCAAAACAGGAUAUUAUAAUGUAUCAGGAUCAUCCGGUAGACAAUGCCAGGAAGACAAAUCAUGGAGUGGAGAAUCAUAUUUGUGUGACCCUGUACCCUGCGGUGAUCCAGAUAAUGGAACAUUUUCCAUGAUAGUUGUUAUUACCGGUACGGUAUAUUUGAAUUCUGUAAAUUAUGAAUGCAUCAAUGGGUACGGUCAUCUAUCUGGAGAUGAUGUUCGGAAUUGUCAGCAGGACGGAACAUGGAAUGGAAGCGUUUUAAUAUGUGAAAAAAGCUGUACAGAAGAAUCAGUACCGGAUGGCGUUAUUCGUACAAAUGAUGGAAAUCUUAUCAACACUAAUGCAACAUUUGACUGCAAACCCGGUUUUACGUAUGUCGGUGGUGAUUUAAUAAGACAAUGCGGUGAAAAUGGGAGCUGGUCAGGAGAACCGUUUAAUUGUACAAGAAUUUCCUGUGGAGCUCCUCCAAAUAUCACGAAAGGAUCUGUCACUUUCACCUCUACUUUGUUUGAAGCUAACAGUUUGUACACAUGUGAUGUUGGCUAUAUUAACUCUCAAUCUGGGUUGAAUUUUGGGACUGUCGCCUGUGAUCAUACAGGUUCAUGGACAAGUGAACUUCCAGAUUGUCAACUGGUCGAAUGUCAGGACCCUGCUCUCAUAACUCAUGGCUCAUGGAAUACCAGCACCCAGUAUUUUUAUGGAGAUAUUAUAACUUACCAAUGUAACAGAGCUUUUGCCUUAAUCGGAGUGGAAAGCCGAACUUGUCAGGCAGACAAAACCUGGAGUGGUGAGCCACCAACAUGCAGAGCUGUCAUGUGUCCAAAUUUCGUAGUUCCGAAUGGAAAUGUGUUUGCUUCCAACUAUAGUGUUGAUGGAUUUUUGGCAGUAUCAUGUAACGACGGAUUUACCUUGAAUGGUUCCAUUCCAAUGUUUUGCUUAGUGACAGGAGAUUGGAGUGGUGCUGUCCCACAAUGCAUAAACACGGCUACUUCAACAACAGGUAACGGCAGUAGUCAAAAUAACGGACAAACAGAUACCACACAAAUGAAUCCAAAAGAUUACAUAUACAAAGUUGACAAGAAAACAACUUCGUCGUUUCAAAGGAAGCUAGUAAGUGCUCCAGAUGACAGAACAUCAGCGAUAGUUGUUGGAUGGGUUGGUGUGAUUGUUUUAACUGCUGUUGUAGCUAUAAUAAUGUCUUUUGACUGCAUAAAUAUUUGCCAGAAAGCUGGAGGAAAGACGAGAAAAAGAUCUGUUAGAGACAAUAGUUCACGUGAUUCUGAUAUUCCACAUGUUAUUGAAUAAGAAAAAUGAAAGGAACUCAUACGCGUACAAACGGGACUCCUUCGUAGGCCAUUUGUGUUGUCUGAGGAAAUGCUUUCUUAGCAUUUUUCACUAUUGUUCAUCGAUAUCAUGUGCCAUAUAAUAUCAUUUUGAUAACCAUACUUAACCAGUCUUCUGGUUUUAAUCGUUUUAUUUUUUUUUAUGUUUAUGACUUUCUAUAUAAUAAAAUUAACGGUACCAAUUGUUUUGCACCAGAUGUGCAUUUCGACAAUACAUGUCUCUUCAGUGAUGCUCGUAUAUAAGCUAUUCGUCACUGGUUUUGCUCAUUUCUCGAGUCCUUACGGUGAUCUAAGGCUGCCAAAUUCUAAACCAAUUGGUCUAAGGUGGCGUUGUAAAUCAUUCCGCGUCUUUUUUUUGGCAUAAUUGAUACAUGUAAUGCAAAAAGCAUAUCUUACCCAACAGUUCAUAAACUGAUCUGAAUCGGUAAUAUUUGGAAUUUUCUCUUUCCAAUGAAAAAAAAACUAUAUAAAAAAAUGGAAAAAAUGUCACUUCAUUCCAAAUAAUGCCUAAAUCUAGAAAUUUGAUAUUUAAUAACAACUGCCGUGUUCCAGUACAUUUUAAGAAAAAAUGGUGAGUUGAACAUAGUUUUAUGGCUAACUAAACUCUCGCUUAUAAUGCAGUGUUACAAAAUGUAUCGCUAAAAAGACACCACUAUGUGACAUGAAUACAGUACCAACAAACAAACACACAGUCGACACAAAGAAAAACAUUAAUAAAUAAUAUAAUAGUACAUUACAACAUGUAAACUGCAGAAUAGAAAAAAACCAUCUUAUAUUAACGACAGCACAGGAAUCCACACCUUUGUUCAAACAGAGCAAUAUCCUUUUUUCGAAACUUAAAUUUCAAGUCAUCAAUGGGCAUUUGAAAUUUGGUUAGUUUCUUUUGAAAUUGCUACAUUGCUGUAACAACCUCUUGGUACAGAUUUGAAACUGUCAGACUAUGUAUGUUUGUGUAUAAAAGAAGACAUAUGUAAAUGACCUUUGUGUGAAAAUUAAAUAAAAGUCCUACUCUUCUAAUCAUACAGCAUCUUUGUAUAUAUUAACUGUGUGUGAAAUCUGUCUCUGUAAGAUUUGUACAUCAUUAUUAAAGUGUUUUGAAUUUGAAGCGUUGCAGAUGUGCUUUGUGUCAGUAUGUUCUAGAACUAUUUCACCUUGAAUUUAUAAUGUUAGCAAAAUGUACAUGUGUACUUCUAAUUUUGUGUUGACAAAAAAAAAUGUAUGAAAUGCUUAUUUCUAUGUGACAGGUGAUGUUUCUAAAGAAAAAGUAGUUUAAAAAUAUUGUUAUAAUGACUGUAUUUUAAAUAAUUUACUUUAAAAGUUUAUUUUUGUA